CCACCUCAUUCCAUGCGAUAUGUGAAACCUCCCGUAAAUCUUGAAAUAUGAAACGCUUCCCAGCAGGUUUCACUCCCUCUCGCUUCAAGUGCAUGCCUUCCUAUUUAGGCAGGUGUCUUCUAGGGUGACUUCCAUUCAUCGCCAUUUCAGUGAAUUUCGCAGACUUUGACCAGCACACUCUUCUAACCUCCCUGUUCAAAACUACAUCUAUCCCCUCCGAUCAUUCGACACUCAAUCCGCAUCUACUUGACAAGUUACUUGACAAGUUACUUGACGAGUUCAAGAUGUCCACUCAAGGAUUUAACCCCAGGGUGCCCUGCACCUACAAGGAGUGCAGCGGUGUCUUUACAUCGGCAGGGGAGAUGAAGAGGCACAAGGCGAACGAACACGACUAUUGCAGCCGUUGCGACGAGGAUUUCCAGGAUGAUGAGUAUCUCCUGCUCCACAAGAUCAAGAGUGACAAGCAUAUCGUGUGUGUAGUUUGUGGGAUCGAUUUUCGCAGCGAGGGCGGUAGAGACCUUCAUACCCGUCAGCAACACCGAACUCCGCAGACCCUGACCUGUUACGGCUGCGGGCAGAAGUUCAAAAUGGCAGGUGCCAUGGUAAAUCACGUCGAGAGCGGCGACUGCCCAAACAUCCCCUUGUCCAGUCUCCUACAGGAACAGUCAAAGAGACUUCUCUUCCGAGAGGCACUUAAGACAGGUAACGAGGGUGAGAGCGCUGAACCCGACGGCCAAGAUGACAACGGGGGAGUCCAUAUUGACCAGGACCUUUUGGAGAUGGACCCUGACGACGAGGCCACUCAAACUAUUGUGGGCGGGGUGAGCGGUCUAUCACUUGACAACAACGUUCCGGAACCGAAGAGCAAGUCGUCGAUGGCUUCUCCGUCUUUGGUGAGCGAGACGAGAGAACAAUCAGCAUCGGCCGGAAAGAGCGCGAGGCCAUCGAGCCUAACUCCAGGCCCAAGCAACUCCUUCGGCAUUGACCACAUUGACGCAGGACACACUCUUCGGGCGCUGGACCGGAACUGGGACCCCACCGUAUACUUCAGUUCCUUCAACGGAAAGUUUAUCUGUCCCUGUAAGGCUGAAUUCUCCAGCAUGAGAGACUUUGAGGAGCAUGUCGUAACGAAGACCAACCAGAACAGAGGCAUUCAGUGCCCUGGAUGUCUUCGCAUCUUUCGAACGGCGGCUGCCCUGGUGGCUCAUUGCGAGUCGGCCAGUACUCGAUGCAAGGUGAACCGGGGGCUUCAGUUCAGUCAAGUCAUCAACGACAUAAGUGGAGGACUGGUCAGGUCUGUUGGUCUGUUCGCGGAUGGUAGCGUGGAGUACGGGCCUGGCACGAUGGGUCCGAAGCAGGUGACAUAUGAGAAAGAGCAGCGUAGUUUGAUGGACUAA